AUGAUUCAUCUGCACGGGACGCCCGGGCUGGUUCAGCUGAGGGAGAUAUUCGACGACGAGCUGGCGGUGCAUCUGGUUAUGGAGUUCUGCCAAGGCGGCGACUACUUCGACCACAUCGCGAGGAAGAAGCGACUCUCUGAAGGCGAAGCGGCGCAUAUCUUUAGGCAAGUGGUGGUUUCCGUCAACGCGAUGCACGCUAAAGACUUCGCCCAUCGCGAUCUCAAGCCGGAAAACAUCCUCAUCGCGAAGAGCGCAUCGCACUCAAACGAGGAUGUUGAAGUGAAGAUCGCGGACUUCGGGCUGGCGAUCGCCGUGAAUGAGGGAAAGGGGAUCAAAGGAGUCGUCGGGGCCGCCCCUGCUCCGCCUGCGUCAACACCUGCGGAUCCGGUUGCGACGAGCGAUGACAGCAAGGCGGAGACGUGUUCCGCCAAGGCAACCGCCGUUACAUCUGGCGCGUCGAUUCCGCAGGAGCCGGAGACUAAGGAGGCCGGGACGGACGCCGUGUCUCUUUUCACUCCGUCGCCGUCCGCUAUCGCCGGCGCGAAUGGCGGUCAUCAGCUGGGACCGUUCGCCUCCGGCGUGGGGUUCUGUUGGCCCGGAAUCUUCAGUCCGCCGGAUAACGCCCGCGGUAGCAUGUGUUUGCCAGAUCAGCAGCAGCAGGCAUCGCCGAUGUCGCCGCGUCUUCCGGCGCAAGUGGGAUUCCCCGAGCUGCAGCCUCUGCCGCCGACGCUCCACUUCGCCUUAGGCUCGGAAUCCGCGUCGACGACGCUACCGCUACCGACGUCAGUGCCGGAUUCGUCGCACGGUUUCGUGACUCCUGGGUCGUCGCAGACAGACGCGUGGGUUUCUGAUGCGGCGCAUCUUGUGACGGCUCCUUCGAUUUCGGACGGCAUCCCUAUUUCACCGUCGCAGCUUUCCUCGGCUGCCACCCUUCCAUCCGUGCCGGAGUCCUUCGCGCUGGAGAUCCACCACAUUGUCGCAGCGUGGGAGGAGCAGGAGGCUGGUGGCGCUGCGUCGCACGGCGACGAUAGCGACGCCGGCGACGGUGAUGGCGACGGCGACGGCGACGGCGACGGCGAAGGUGGAGCUGCAGCAGAUCCGUUGACGGAGGUGGCAGCAGAUGCCGUGUCGGAGAUGGCGGAAGACGCGGUAUCGGAGAUGGGGACGGGGACGCUCGAAGUCCUGUUGGCCGCCGCCUUGGCGUUUGACUGUCCGUCCAGGAGCGGACUGUCUACUUCCGCGUCGCCUGCGUCGUCCGCGUCGCCCGCGUCGUCGCGCUCGUCGUCGUCGUCGUCAGAUGUCAGCGCCGCGUUCAGCCUGGGCAGCAGCAAGCUGUCGUGGACCGGCUUCAACCCCCCCGCGCUCCCCAUGCUGCCGUCCCCCGCUCCGCUGCCUGCUGCCCCCGCGUGGCCGCCAAACACGGAGGUGGCGCCGCUGCGCCAUGAGGUGUCCCUGGAUCCGCACGGGACGCCGGUUUUGGAACAGGCGCGUGUGGAUAGUCCGAGUCCAUCUUCUGGUGGUUCGCUCGUUGCUGCUCCCUGCUCGCUCGCUCCUGGUGCUAGCCCGCAGGGUCGUAGCCCAGGGUCCGUUCUGGAAGGGGUUGGAGCAUCACCGGAGAGCAGUUCACGAGUAGGAGCAGGUUCUGCUGCUGCUGCUGCUGGUGUUGCUGGUGUACUUUGUCCUCCGCUUCCUUCACAGUGUCAGCCUAAUCGUGGUGCUGCUGGCGGUGGUGCAGUGGCUAGGGGCGGAGAGGGACGGAAGGUGCAGUCGGUUGGGUGCAGCAGUGGUGCAGCUCUGUUCUCAGGGCUGCUAGGGCUUGGAGGGAGCUCAGGAGCUGGUGCAGUUGCUCUAGCCAUCAGCAGGAAGCAGAUGAGUGUGGCCGCGCGAAUGUUCUCCCCUGGCAUCGUCUACUCCCGCUCCUCACCUCACGCCCCUACCGCUCUUCCUGCUCCCCCCGACCCGUCUGCUCGUUCCGCUGUUUUCGUCCCCGCACCUUGA